UACUGACGUAAUCAAAAAUAAAUAUCGACAACGUGACAGGUUUUGUUAUUUUGUUGGUUUUUUUGUGAUUUUUUUUCCGCUAUGUAUAAUAAUUCUCCACGAUUUGGAAUCCAAAAACCUACCCCUACACCCCCUGAAGUUGGUCCUUUCACUUAUAUCCUUGAUGAUUGUUUUCAGCUACAAAGAGUGAAUGUAGUGCCAUUUGGAGCUACUUCUGAAAGAAAAAAUACCUUUGCACAUGUGAAGUAUACCGACGCUCUUUAUGAUGCUAGGUCGACUAAGAAUAUUGUGGGGGGUCAUUCCUUGAGGAACAAAGCUAAACGGUUCGUAUACAAGCAUUCGGAUGUGCCUCCACCUGGCACAUAUGAUCCGAAGCUACCAGGAAAGCGGAAACAACCAUCCAAUAUACCACCACCUGGUAAAGGCAGAAUUUAUCUCUGCAACGUACCGUACAGUUCCUUGGGUAGCUCACCCUCUAUACCAACGAAAAGGGAUGCCUAUGGAUAUAAAAUAGGCGAGAAUGGAAGUAUAAUCAAAAAUAUCGUCCCUCGAAGGCAGAAAGAAGUAGGACCCUCGACGUAUUAUAUCCGUGUGUCCUCCUGCGUGAACGAGGAUCCCUACAGCGGUUGCAGAUGGUCCCGUCAAACCUCUGCGAGGACGACGUACAAAAUCAAAGAGGGCCCCGGACCAGCUGCCUACGACGUUCGGAAGGUAUCUACGUGUCGACGCGACGAUGUUGAGGAGGAGUACCGGGAGAUGGCAAAACGAUUUUCGUAUCUACCUAGAUAUACCGAACAGCAAAUGUCCAUGGCUCAGCGACAGAAUUACCCUGCACCGAACCAAUACGAAAAAACUUCGUGUUUCACCUACAAGCCACCUGUUACGACAGUUGUAAAGCCAUUUAUCGCAAGAAAACCAAGAUUCGAACAGCUGAAGGAACGCGAAGAAGCUUUCCACGCAAUUUAUGAUACUAUGACGCCGAUGGGCUAUAAAGUCUCACCUUCGGUUAAGGAAAUUCCCUUUACAUUCACCGAUGGAAGGUUCAAGAAGAGGAAAAAGGAAUCCUACGAUCCUGACCUAUACCUUCCGAAGGGUUUCACUGAGGAACUGAUCGAGAAAAAUCUGAAGCCUUAUUCCCUAUUCAAACCACCGUUCGAUUCCACCGUUCGUAGGGAAAUAAACUUCGUGGCGUAUGAUUCCCAUCUUAAACCAGAUUGCGCGGUGUAUCCUCGAGAGAAGGUACCUCCUGGAUAUCGACUGGAGAAAGGACACAGCAUCUUCCUUUCAACGACUGAAAGAUACGACUCAAAAGUAACGGUGGCUCCACCUGUAACGAGAUAUGCCAUUACGGAAUGCUUCAACAAAAAUAGAAAUAAAACUUCUUAUAAUAAAAAGAAGCUCCCAUUCCUCGAAACAGCGGAAAGGAAAACAGUUAUACUCCCUCAUAAGGAUAAUCCCGGACCAGCUGACUACAUGGGACAAGAAGUUAUGAGAGGUAAUGGUUUCUUGUUCGAUCGUACGAAAAGAUUCAAGGAGGAGAAAGUGGACGCUCCACCCCCAGACCAUUAUUACAUUCACCCCUUAUACGGUGAGAGCAUCUACGGGGCAAAGAACACCUUCAAUCUGAAGAUCGCAGAGUCAGUCCUGAGAACACGACUGAGAGUUCCGCCGAAGGACACCUUCAAGGACUACAUCAAGACCCUGAAAACGAAGAAAAAAUUACGAUGUUACGCAACCAUCCUCGACGAAUAAAUCAGAGUUCAACUCAG